AUGCUAUGCCCUUGUAGAGACUGCCGCAAUCUGAGCCAUCAGUCACUGGAUAAAAUUGUGGAACAUUUGGUGAUUAGGGGUAUGGAUAAGAAGUAUAAGAGUUCUCGUUGGAGUAUUCAUGGAGAAAAAAGAGAUUCUGCAGAAGACAGUGUUCUUCAAUAUGAAACAGAGGCGUUUGAUUUGUUUAAGACAACAUUCUCCAUGGACGAAGGUGGUCCAAACCCGACAACUGACAACGAAGACGAUGAAGCACCAGAGGAAAUUGAGUUUAAGAAAAAGCUCAGAGACGCUCAAACGCCAUUAUACUCGGAUUGUCUCAAGCACACAAAGGUUUCAGCUAUCAUGGGACUUUACAGAUUCAAGGUUAAAAGUGGUGUGUCGGAGAACUACUUUGAUCAGCUGUUGGUUUUACUUGAGGAUUUGCUACCUGAAGACAAUGUUCUUCCCAAGAGUUUAGCUGCAAUCAAGAAAUUUCUGAAGAUCUUUGGGUUCGGCUACGACAGUAUUCAUGCUUGCAAGAAUGAUUGCAUAUUGUAUAGGAAGGAGUAUGAGAACCUAGAAAGCUGUCCAAGAUGCAAAGUUUCAAGAUGGGAAAUGGAUAAGCACAGUAAUGAGUUAAAGGUGGGGAUUCCGGCAAAGGUCCUUAGAUAUUUUCCAAUCAAGGACAGGUUUAGGAGGAUGUUUAGAUCACAAAGGAUGGCUGAAGAUCUGCGUUGGCACUAUACCAAUGCCACUGAAGAUGGUACAAUGCGGCACCCUGUUGAUUCUAUCUCUUGGGCACAAGUGAAUGCUAAAUGGCCAGACUUUGCUGCUGAUCCACGGAAUCUUCGACUUGGGAUUUCUACAGAUGGGAUGAACCCUUUCUCCAUGCAAAGCACCAAUCACAGCACAUGGCCAGUGUUGUUAGUGAACUAUAACACGCCUCCAACCAUGUGUAUGAAGGCUGAGAAUAUAAUGCUGACUUUGUUGAUCCCUGGUCCUACUGCUCCUGGUAACAACAUUGAUGUUUACCUAGCACCACUGAUAGACGAUCUAAAGGAUUUGUGGGCUGAGGGUAUUGAAGUGUAUGACUCAUUUGCGAAGGAGAACUUUAAUCUCAGAGCCUUGCUGCUUUGGAGUAUCAGUGACUAUCCAGCCUUAGGAACACUGUCUGGAUGUAAAGUAAAGGGGAAACAAGCCUGCAAUGUAUGUGGAAAGGAUACACCUGCAAGGUGGCUUAAGUUUAGCCGCAAGUUUGUCUACAUGAGUAACAGAAGGAGACUACCGCCUGGCCAUCGUUACAGAUAUAAAAAAGCUUGGUUUGACAACACUACCUCUAGAGAAGAAAAAAAAAGGAAAAGACUAGAGUUGGAAGAUGAUGAGAGGUUACAAGAAGAAGAGUGUGAAGAAUCAAAUGAACUAUGGCGGUGGAAGAAGAGAUCAAUAUUCUUUGAUCUACCUUACUGGAAGGAGUUGCCUGUUCGUCACAAUAUUGAUGUUAUGCACGUAGAAAAGAAUGUGUCCGAUGCUAUAUUGUCUCUGUUGAUGCAAAGUGCGAAGUCAAAAGAUGGGUUGAAAGCAAGAAAAGACUUAGAAGAUAUUGGAAUCAGAAAGCACUUGCACACAGAGGUGAGGGGAAAGAAAACAUACUUACCUCCUGCUGCCUACUGGUUAUCGAAGAGAGAGAAGACCAUUUUCUGCCAAAGGUUAGCUAAGUUUAGAGGCCCUGAUGGUUAUUGUGGUAAUAUUGCGAAUAGUGUUUCAGUAAACCCUCCAAAUAUUGGUAGUUUAAAGUCGCAUGAUCAUCAUGUCUUAGUACAGAACUUGUUACCAGCUGCAUUAAGAGGGUUGUUACAUAGGGGUCCUAGGAUAGCCAUAAAUAGAUUAUGCAGUUACUUCAACAGGUUGUGUCAGCGCGUCAUUGACCCAGAGAAACUUAUAUCCAUGGAGACAGAGUUUGUGGAGACAAUGUGUCAGCUGGAGCGCUUCUUCCCUCCAGCCCUUUUUGAUAUCAUGUUUCACCUUCCACUACAUUUAUCAAGAGAGGCACGGUUGGGAGGACCAGUUCACUUCCGAUGGAUGUAUCCCUUCGAAAGGUACAUGAAAACACUAAAGGCUUUUGUUAAGAAUUAUGCAAGGCCAGAAGCAUGUAUGGCUGAGGCGUAUUUAGCUGGAGAAUGUGUUGCAUUUUGUUUAGAGUUCCUUAAAGAAUCAGUACCAGUUCAAGAAGCAGUUAAUCGUAAUGAAGAUGUUGAGGCUGAUAGAAUGGUGGUUGAAGGCCGACCUCUGCAGAAGGGUAUAGAGGUUACCCUGUCAGAUAAAGAUAGAGACAUUGCACAUCGAUAUGUGCUAAUGAACAUGGCAUCUUUGGAUCCCUUUCUUGAGUAA